CGGAAUCUUGCAGCCAAGUUCAACCGAGCACAGAAUAGACGUCUCAGCAGCCCAGAGCCACCCAAGGCCCACCUCUCCAGGUGACAGCACAGCACGUCUUUGAGAUUCUCAUAACCAGGAAAGACGUAUAACACCAGAAGUAUGUGUGGUCUAGAGCAACAUGUCAAAACAUCUUCCAUUUCCCCACCAAUGAUUUAGCCUCCUCAUUCACUUCUCUUCUGGAUCAUCUCCUCUCUGAAAGAUAAAUUCCUUGCAUUGUUUUUGUUGGAAAUUUGUUCACGGCCCACGCUGAUCUUGCAAGAAAGCCUGCACCAUGUUUCGCAAGAAAAAGAAGAAACGUCCGGAGAUUUCGGCUCCUUUGAACUUCGAGCACAGGGUGCACACGUCGUUUGACCCCAAAGCGGGCAGGUUUGUGGGCCUCCCUCAACAAUGGCAGAAUGUUCUGGACACCCUGAGACGCCCAAAACCAGUGGUGGACCCAUCCAGGAUCACUCAAGUGCAGCUCAAACCCAUGAAAACCGUUGUGCGUGGAAGCACUGUUGGGUUGGAAGGCUACAUCUCUGGCAUACUAAAUGACAUCCAAAAACUUACAGUCACCAGCUCAAACACCCUGCGAGGAGAAAGCCCACCAGGUAGAAGAAGAGCUCAGUCACUGGGGGUUCUUGGAGAAGAAAAACCAAAUAAUGGCCACCUCGUUGUUAAUGAUCAGGACCCUUCUGACAGAUAUGGGAACUAUGUAAACUGCAAUGGCAGCUCCAAGGCAAGCAGAAGACAGACCAUGUGGCCAGACUAUAAACCAGCAGGAGAACAUAAAUGCAAACCAAAUGGGUCUGUGGUGAAAGCCAAAUCUCUCGAUCCUGGUGAUUUUCAUGACACUGAAGACCCUGUACCAGAUCCCAAGCAGUCACCUGCUAGCCUGCCAGAGGAAAGAAUGGACAUGAGACCCUUUGAACAGGAUUCACCUGCAAGUAGACCGUUAUCCAACGAAAUAUUAACAGCGUUGCAGGAAGAAGGCCCAUUGCCAAAGCCAGCAGAAAGUACAGCACCGUAUAGACUGUUCCGAGGUGUUUUUGUGCCCUCGAGCAAUGGUAGAAGUACAGAGGUGCCAAUCCAAGCCCAGCAGAUAAAGAUAGAAGCAUUUCAGCGCCCUCCGCAGUCAGUACGUGGCGUUUUAGUCAAAGCAUCUUCUCUGCCCCCUGAUAACAUAUCAUCGGAUUACACCAGGGUGGUUUCAGGAACCCCGGCGGGACAGAUAUCUCCUCUUCGACCCUGCAGACCCUCUCCAGCGGGCUCCCCGCGUAGCCGACCCAUCCAAACCAGCUCCACCAACCUUCACCUUUGUCAGGACUCCUUAAACAAAAACCAGGACGGUGCUGUGGUAACGCAUGAGCAGUUCAAAACUGCCCUCAGGAUGGUGGUGGAUAAGGGAGAUCCACGAUUAUUAAUAGAGGAUUAUGUGAAAAUAGGAGAAGGGUCAACCGGGGUGGUUUGCAUUGCUCGAGAGAAGCACAGUGGACGCCAGGUGGCAGUGAAAAUGAUGGACCUCAGAAAACAGCAGAGGAGAGAGCUUUUGUUUAAUGAGGUUGUGAUCAUGAGGGAUUAUCAGCAUGCAAAUGUUGUGGAAAUGUACAAGAGCUAUCUGGUGGGAGAUGAGCUGUGGGUCCUGAUGGAGUUUGUCCAAGGAGGUGCGCUUACUGAUAUUGUAUCACAAACCAGGUUAAAUGAGGAGCAAAUUGCCACAGUUUGUAAAUCUGUUCUCCAAGCACUUGAAUAUCUUCACUCCCAGGGUGUGAUUCACAGGGACAUCAAGAGUGACUCAAUUCUUCUUACCUUAGAUGGACGCGUAAAACUUUCUGAUUUUGGAUUUUGUGCGCAAAUAAGCAAAGAUGUUCCAAAGAGAAAAUCACUAGUGGGUACACCGUAUUGGAUGGCUCCAGAGGUCAUUAUGAGGUCUUCAUAUGGAACGGAGGUGGAUAUCUGGUCUCUGGGUAUUAUGGUGAUCGAGAUGGUAGAUGGUGAACCGCCAUAUUUCAGUGAUUCUCCUGUGCAGGCUAUGAGAAAGCUGAGGGACAGCUCUCCCCCCAAACUUCGGAACUCUCAUAAAGCUUCGCCAAUUCUGAGAGAUUUCCUGGAACGGAUGUUGGUUAGGGAAGUAGCGGAGAGAGCUACAGCCCAGGAACUCUUGGAUCAUCUUUUCUUAUUGCAAAGUGGCCUCCCAGAAUGCAUGGUCCCUCUAAUCCAGAAAUAUCACAAAAGAAACUCUACCUGCUAAUAUCGGGGGACCGAUCGGUGAAUCUGAACAACUACGAAACAACUCUAUUGCGUUUUUCAAACUAAAAAGCUAUAAGGGAUGUAAUAUCCUUUGAUGAAUUCUCUACCCUGUGGCAUGGGACAAUGACAAACCGACUUGCUAGAAUGUCCUAAUUGCACAGGGAUGACAUUUAACUGAGAAACCGUGGUUUCAAAUGACAAAUAAGCUACUUGAAGCUUCAAGAGCUAGAAUCCACCUGCCUUUUAACAGGGUUUAAUGUGAUUGUUUACAGAAGUUACGCUCAUCGCCGCUAGAGGCUCCAGAAAUGCAGUGCUG